CACAAGAUGGCGGCGGGGGGCUGAGAGCGGGAAGAAGACAGCCUGUCUCCUAGGACAAAGAACCUCCUGCAAGGCAGUUUCCCCUCCUGCUCAAGGGGGACAACACCAAAAAAGAACAUGCAGGGCACAGCUCACACUGACAAGGAGCUCGUGUCCUCCCUGAUGCAAAGAAUCACUCUGUUGGAACAAAAAAUAGAGAAACAAGCACAAGAAAUCAAACUGAAGGACAGGAGGAUUGCUGAGCUUGAAGAGAAGAUGAAGGCCCUUCAGAAAGGAGAAGAUGCUCCUGACUCAUCCACAGUAGAGGAACUGGAAAUGAGGUGCCUUGAGCUGCAGACCCAGGUCUGGGAGAUGGAGAGGUUUCUAAAUGACUAUGGUCUGAUUUGGCUUGGAGAGGGACAUGAUCAGCUGGAAGAUUCUGAAUCACUCAAGGAUGAAAGGCUGCCAACAAGGAGCCUCUGGAAGCCAGGUGAAGCGGUUGUUUCCAAACACCAGAUUGAUUUUGAUCUCAUCUUGGAAAACGUGAAGGAUUUGAACGUGCUUGCUGGGAAGAACACUUGUUACAUUGAGCACACACCUGGGGGAGCUCGUUUGAGGCAGCCAGAGCCCCUCUCUCUCACACUGUAUCAAAAUGGGAUCAUCACAUUCAGCGGAGCCUUCCGGCCCUACGAGGACCCAUCCACCCAGCAAUGCCUGCAGGAUAUUAUGGAUGGGUAUUUCCCUUCAGAGCUGCAGACUCACUACCCAGAUGGCAUCCCUUUGCAGGUCACUGACAGAAGGGACAUGGUAUUUCAGGAGAGACACCUCCUCCCAGGGAGUUUUCCUGGCCAUGGCCAAGUGGUUGGCCGCUCAAAAUCAAGUGAAGUGCAGGAAACCACUGAGAUCCCAGGUCCCAAACUCCCCUUGGAGAAGUUUCUCAACAAGCUUUCUGAGUCCUCAAAACACAGAGGAGAAGCAAUCAGUGUCCAAGAUUCAGCCAGAGCAGCACAGCAGAGCUCUGAUGGGGCACGGAGCAGCAAAGAGAUCUUGGUGGAGACAACCAGGCUGGCUGCCCUGGAGAGGACAAAGCCAGCUGAAGAGGCUGAAGCUUCUGCCCCUGCUGUCUGCACGCUCCGCAUCCGAUCGGAGAGCGGGGAGCAGACCUACACCCUCAGGAUGCUGGUCAAGGAGACCAUAGGGGACCUGCGCCAGCACCUCACCUGUGCCAGGGGUGGAGACUCUGACUCGUAUGAGAUCAUCAGUACCUUUCCCCAGAGGGUGUACAUGGACAACUCCAGGAGCCUGCAGGAAUGUGGCCUGGUCCCCAAUGCCUCCUUGCUGCUGAGGAGAAGAGACCCCUCCCAGCAAGAGGGGGGAACAGGGCUGCAAACAGCUUCACAGCUCCUAGCAAGAGCUGCUCCCCUCCAGCUCCGCAAGAGGAAGGAGCCGCCUCACAUUUUUAGCUGUGUUGUAACCUCCCCAGGCUGAGAAGAGAGGAGGGAGUGUCUUUCCAGAUUUAGUUUCAUUGCACUGUUACCUGGGACAAGGAGAACUGCUCAGGGGCAGGGGUUUGGCCUCUCCCUUUGCCCCCAUUCCUGCCGCCUCAUGGGUGGAUGCUUUUCCCCAAGACAGGUGGGCUCCUACCACAGGAGCAUUUGAGUCCUGCCCAGGAGAGGCUUUACACUGGCACUGGAAAGUUGCCUAGUUGGGCUCAGGGACUCUCUAUAGCAGGACAAAAACAUCCAGGGCCAAUCUGCUUUCCACACAACUGCAUUUACACCAGGAGAGAAACAGGUUCAGUUACAGGAUCCCUGGUGAAGCUCAACCAAGAGGCCUGGAGCCCUCACAACGCUGGGACUGAGCCAGACCCAUCUCAGCCAGAUCCUGGGUUUCCUGUACGUGAACAAACUCCUUCCCUUGGCCAGCCCCCAGCUCCAGCCCAGGCUCCCAGCCACACCGACUUGCCUCCCUCCUCCCUGCUGCAGCAGGAGCUGGAUGCUGCAACAGGACACCAUGUCAUUGGAGAAGAGCAUAAUCCCUUUGCUGCUUCUCUGCUGAAGCCUGAGUAAAGCAUCUUCCUCCCUCUCCUGUGGGUUGGGGCUGCACUUUGCAAGGCCUUUUCCUAGCACAUUCUUCCCCUUUCAGCUGUGACAAGCUCCCACUUGACUCCCAGCUGACAACACUCCCCCUUGUGCAAGGCAGUGCCUUCUGGCAGGUUCCC